CAGGAUACCAAAACCCAAGUCACCCUUGCUAGAGUUAAAAAAGUUUUAGGCCGUACCGGUUCUCGUGGUGGUGUUACCCAAGUCAGAGUUGAAUUCAUUGAUGAUUCAUCAAGAACUAUUGUCAGAAACGUUAAAGGUCCAGUCCGUGAAAACGAUAUCUUAUCAUUAAUGGAAUCUGAACGUGAAGCUAGACGUUUACGUUAA